AUGCGCGUGGCCGUCAUCGGGGCCGGGGUGAUCGGCCUCCCACCGCCCUCCACCGCCCUGGGCAUCCACGAGCAGUACCACAGCCGCGUGCGCUCCCUGGAGAUGGAGGUCUACGCGGAUCGCUACACCCCACACACCAGCAGCGACGGGGCGGCCGGCUUGUGGCAGCCCUACAUCAGUGACAACGGCAACCUGGAGGAGACGAUCUGGAACAAAGAGACAUUUGAUUACCUCCUCGGGCUCCUGGGCUCUCCGGCAGCAAAGGAAAUGGGACUUUUCCUAAUUUCUGGCUACAACCUGUUUACGCAGCCAGUGCCGGACCCCCCCUGGAAGAACAUUGUCCUGGGAUUCAGAAACUUGACACCAAAAGAGCUUGAACUCUUCCCUGGUUACAGCUAUGGCUGGUUCAACACGGCGCUGCUGGAGGGCAGAAGCUACCUGCCGUGGCUCACCAACCGGUUAACGCAGAGAGGAGUGAAGUUUUUCCAUAAGAAGGUUGAAUCUUUCCAGGAGAUGUUUGCCCAGGGUGUGGAUGUCGUAAUAAACUGCACUGGAAUACGUGCGGGGGAGCUGCAGCCUGACCCGGAGCUCCAGCCCGGCCGUGGACAGAUCAUAAAGGUCCUGGCCCCAUGGAUGAAGCAUUUCAUCAUCACUCACAACACAGAAUCCGGGAUAUACAACUCACCGUACGUCAUACCGGGGAGCGAGUUCACAGUCCUGGGGGGGAUCAAUCAGCACGGCAACUGGAACGAAGAAAACAGCGCCCAGGAUCACAAAACCAUCUGGGAGAGCUGCUGCAGGCUGCUCCCUGCUCUCCAGAAAGCCAAGAUUGUACAGGAGUGGACCGGCUUGAGACCAAAGCGCCCCCAGGUUCGCUUGGAGCGGGAGACCGUCCGCCACGGGCACUGCCAGGCUGAGGUGAUACACAACUACGGCCAUGGCGGGUUCGGGAUCACCAUCCACUGGGGUUGUGCCAUGGCAGCAGCCAGGCUCUUUGGGAGCAUCCUCCAGGAGAAGAAGCUGGCCAGCCUGCCACAGCCCCGCUUGUGA